UAAGCUCAUGGUGUUUACUUGGAGGUAACUGAAACGCAAAUUUAUCAAUACUCCCUUAAAACAACACAGCGCACUGAUUGACGAAGUCACAGCUGGGAAGAGAUUAACUCAAACAUAUGACAACUGACCACUCAUGACAAGCCGAGCUCUGUUAAAACAACGCCACGAUCGUGUCACUGUAACGACUCAAAUGGCUUCUCACACCUACACAUAAAUACCCCUCCAUGGCAUUGUUACUUCAUUCCCACAACAAGCCUAUCUCAGUACCAGCAUCGUUUUGAGAGAAAGUACGUGACAUUUCAAGUUAUUUAGACGAGAUACCACCGUAGACCUUGAUCGUCAUUAUGAGUCAGAAGCAGAUCAGCACCCUCUUCUUCCCCACCCCGGGGGUUCGCCCUACCCUCAGGCAGGACAGCCCCAGGCCCAAGACAUCGUCCGAGAACCUCGUAUGCCACGCGCUGAAGAGACUGCAAGUGAACCCCUCCGAUCCGGAUACGACCGACAAGGUGAACGACAACGUCAACGACGCUUCUGUGUUCCACACGCUACCGUCACCACGCCGAGACAAGUCCAGUCACUUCACCGUUGGCGAGAAGAUGGACGCCCUUGAACAAGCUCUGGUGCAUGGCAUCCCCGCUACGUCACGUCGUCUCAACAUCCCCAGCAGGACAUUGGACGCAUGGAGGAAAGAUCUUGUUGACGAGCAAAGACGUAUACGCAUGCGCAGUCCGAUAACAGCGAGGAGGAACACAUCCGGUCGGAAACUGAACUUUGGCACUUCUACGAAAGCAGAAGUCGCCGACCUGACAAAAUGGCUGUCGGAGAUUCGGAUCCGGAAGAAGCCGGUGUCCGCGGAGCAGAUGCUGUCCAGCGUGAAGACCAAGAUGGGAGAUGACACAUUGCAGGCAAAGAGAGGCUGGCUCACUGACUUCAUGACCAGGCACGGCUUGACGCUGGGGGCCAAGGAACGUAUGGCGAUACAAGACACAGAUAAAGCCAUCAGGAAAACCAGAAUGGAACCUUCGGUUGCCAAUGAUGAUGGUUGUGAGAAGAAGAGUUUUGAUGCGGAUGCGUGUCGUGCCGCUGUGGUGGUGAAGAGGGAGCCAGAUGAUUUGUCAUCUAGUGCUUUAUCUGAGGACGUGACUGAGGCGGAAGAUUGUGAUUUCUUCUGUAUGAGAGGGUGA